AUGCCAUAUUGGCAGGGAACGGUAUAUCAAAACAAAAAACAAAACCUCUUUAACUCGCACCCAUUUCAUCCUCAACGUGCCUCUCUCGUGUCCACUCUUCCAAAGUUGCCAAGCUCUAAUGCCACUGGACUGCUUCCCGGAUUGCACUCGCGCCAAUGUUCCGAUUUCGAACGCUUCGAAGUCGCAAAAGCUUAUGCCAACGCAUGCGCCGUGAAAACCGAGGACAAUCGGUUCGACCAUUAUAUCCUGCUGCUUGCAGAAGUUCCAGCGUGGACUUUUGUUUGGCUUCGACUGUACUUGAGCUGGGUUACUUAUGAACGACUUGCUUUGGACGACUAUGUGAUGAUGGUCUGUGGAUUGAUAUACACAGCGUUCAUUCCGCUCGUUCAUUUGUCAUACACCGCAGCCAACAGCGCAAUUGUUUGGGACACGAUCCCCAGGUCAAUCACAGACGCCCUUAAAUUUGUUUACUUGACUGAAAUAGCCGAAAUAGCGUGCCCUUGUCUAUUGAGAGUAUCGAUACUGCUCGUCUGUCUCCGCACAACUCUUUCUAGCCACCACAUGAUAGCGACAGGUACAACUAUCGUAUUCACAUUCGCCUCCUCCGUCGUUCUGGUCUUGCUAAGAGUAUUCCGAUGUUCGCCGAUCGCAUUUUCUUGGGAAGCAUGGGCUUUAGAUGAGAAUGAGAAGGAAAUGGGAGGAUGCUUGCCGCAGGACUCACUGGCAUAUGCAGCAUCAGCUAUCGACAUAUUCCUGAACAUUAUCAUUUUUGCAACGAUGAUAUCGCUAGUUUUGAGUCGAUUUCCUCGAGGUAUGAUGUCCUGGCUAAGUCACGCAUUCGCAGUCUUUUUAGGGGCAUUUGCUCUUGCGAUAUCUGGUCUUCGAGCUCAGCUUCUGGUCGACUUCUUUACGAAAAUGCAACCGGUAUGGAAAUACCACGAACGACUUAUCUGGAUGGACGUUGAGAUUGCUAUCUUAAUUUUAUGGUCAUGCUCGCCUGCCUGGCAGUUCUUCGCCGACUCGGAUUCAGGCGAUAGCGAGGUGCAAAACCAAUCGACAUUAUUGAUCACCAGCACUGACUCCACCAAGAAGAGAGCGACAAAAUUGCAAUCAACAAAGACAGCUAUACGCAGUACUGGAUUUUUAGGAAUGUUGACAAGGUCACGUACAAAGAAACCAUUCUCAUCCACCUUGCAUCUGGGAGACAAGACAUAUGGAAAUGUCAGAACAGAGAUACAAGGAGGCCAGAGAUUCUCCAUGAUCUCGCAAUUCACAGGCUUGAUUGGUAUUCAGGUCAAGACGAGGACGGUUAGGCGCGUGGAAGAUAAUGAAUGGGAUCCGGAGAAGGGAGUUGCCAGAGAGAACAUAAAGGCUGACGACGAAUGA